UCAAGCCAUAGAGGGCCGGCUAGAGAUGGAGAAGCUUGGGGGAAGGUGGCAAAAAAGUCAGAUGAAGUCCAAAGAACGAUAGUACUGUAUUGUGAAACCAGAAACUGUCAUAGCUCACUUGCCUGGUGGCUUGGCAGAGCAUUAAGAUGUCUGUGGACAUGAACAGCCAGGGUUCUGAUAGCAACGAGGAGGACUAUGAUCCAAACUGUGAUGAGGAAGAAGAUGAAGAUCCCGGGGACAUUGAGGGUUACUACGAAGGGGUUGCAAAUGACGUGGAGCAGCAAGGAGCAGAUUCCUUUGAUCCGGAGGAAUAUCAGUUUACCUGUUUGACUUACAAGGAGUCGGAGAGUACCCUGAAUGAGCACAUGGUCCACUUGGCUUCUGCAUUAAAGGUAUCUCAUGCAGUAGCUAAACUUGUAUUAGUUAGCUUCCAUUGGCAAAUCUCGGAAAUUUUGGAAAGGAACACAUCUAAUUCAGUUCAAUUGCUAGUGGAAGCAAGGGUUCAGCCUGCCUCAUUCAAACACGCAAUGGUACAUUCCUCCCAGCACUGUGCAGUUUGCAUGCAGUUGGUUCGAAAGGAAAAUCUAUUAUCUCUAGCCUGUCAGCAUCAGUUUUGCCGCAGCUGUUGGGAGCAGCAUUGUACCGUACUUGUCAAAGAUGGAGUGGGAGUUGGUGUCUCCUGCAUGGCUCAGGAUUGUUUGCUUCGGACCCCAGAAGAUUUUGUAUUUCCACUGCUACCUAGUGAGGAGCUGAAAGAUAAAUACAGACGCUACCUCUUCAGGGACUACAUUGAGAGCCACUUCCAGCUGCAGCUCUGUCCUGGCGCUGACUGUCCUAUGGUCAUACAAGUACAGGAGCCCAAAGCCCGCCGAGUGCAGUGCAAUCGCUGUAAUGAGGUUUUCUGUUUCAAAUGUCGGCAGAUGUAUCACGCUCCCACAGAUUGUGCUACCAUCCGAAAAUGGCUCACUAAGUGUGCAGAUGACUCUGAAACAGCUAACUACAUCAGCGCUCACACUAAAGAUUGUCCCAAGUGCAAUAUCUGUAUUGAAAAGAACGGUGGCUGCAAUCACAUGCAAUGUUCCAAAUGCAAGCAUGACUUUUGCUGGAUGUGUCUAGGGGACUGGAAGACUCAUGGCAGCGAAUACUAUGAAUGCAGUCGGUACAAAGAGAAUCCUGAUAUUGUAAAUCAGAGCCAGCAAGCACAGGCCAGGGAGGCCCUCAAGAAGUACUUGUUCUAUUUUGAGAGGUGGGAAAACCACAACAAGAGUUUACAGUUGGAGGCGCAGACGUACCAGAGAAUUCAAGAAAAAAUCCAAGAAAGAGUCAUGAACAACUUGGGAACGUGGAUAGACUGGCAAUAUUUACAGAAUGCAGCAAAACUCCUAGCCAAGUGUCGUUAUACACUACAGUACACCUAUCCAUAUGCUUACUACAUGGAAUCUGGUCCCAGGAAGAAAUUGUUUGAAUACCAACAGGCUCAACUUGAAGCAGAGAUUGAAAAUCUCUCAUGGAAGGUGGAAAGAGCAGACAGUUACGACAGAGGAGAUUUGGAGAAUCAGAUGCACAUUGCUGAACAGAGGCGGCGGACUCUGCUGAAAGAUUUCCAUGACACAUAAGACCGCAGGAGCUACCAGGGCACAGAGCUGAGAGCAAAGUAGCAAGAUGGCAGUGCGAGCAUCGAGGGAAGCGAUCAGAGGAACUGGCCACCGCCUUUCCAUAAAACAGGGCGGAGGACAUCACUGCACCCUCCCCUUACAAAUCAGACACGAGCUAGCACCACCCUUUUGGUCUUCUAUUUUUCUUCUGUUUUCUGCUUUUUUCAUUUUUGGCAGGUAGAGGUUGAAAUUCAGUUGGCAUCUUUUCCUAGGACGUUUUGUUCCCCAGCUCUUGGAUUGUUUUAGAGGGGAGUUUUUAUUUUAUUUUUUCCCCCCUUCCUGAAUGGCUGUUAAUAGUUUUAGAUCAUUAUAAACUUCUGUAACUUUUUGACAGUUGUACAGUGAUACAACAGUGGUUGAUACAAAUUGAACUCUAAAAUAACACAAAGCCCUU